UUUAUGUGGAUUGAAAGAACAAUAAGAACACCAAAAUUCGGUCUUUGUUAAUUAUUUGAGUUGCAAAUUUUUUUAUUCACAAUGGCACGUCAUUAGCUACGAAUUACCCAAUCACGACCAAUGUGAUUAGAGGCUAGACUUAAAAAAGAAAUUUGCAAGCCAUUUCCUACGCACAACAGUUCAGAAGCUAAUGACACAGCGUUCCACUUCGCACCAUCUCAUCGACCAUUCACCGGCGCGCGUUUCUCGACUAGCUGAAAAACAGUUACAGUUUGUAAAUUCGUUCUGACGUUCUUAACAGUUCAUUGUGUCUUUUGUGAUCCACGCAACCCCGGAGGCUUUAAAGGCACAGGCUCCACUGAACUGAAUCGAUAUUGACAAUAUUCGCAAUCACGAUGUAUUUGAUAUUUGCAUGUGAGCGCCGCUUAAGCGAUAUGAAGUCAUCACCAUCACCUUGGUAGUCCAAAGAGUCAACAACGUGCACGGUUUGUCCAAACGAUUUGCUUUUCUUAUCGAGAAGUUUCCUGAACGUCACGUAAACUAAAGGAACUGCAAUUUGAACCUGUUUUGAACGUGUGACCUUCAGAGCGCGGAUUAUAUCUGUCGAUGUACAUGACAAAGCCAUCUACGCCUUAGACUGCUCUCAUAUUUCAACGGCCGGGUAAGACACCACGCGUAUAAAGUGUGAACUUUUGCUCAGUCAUCAAAUAAAUACACGUGGACCCAAGGAAAGGAAAACAAAACCGUCAACGUUAGCAGAAAUCAUAGUUCCCGAGAGAUGGCCGUCUCAAGCAAUGAUACAAGCGACAAUCACGAACGUGCAGAUCUCGAAAUCCACGACAAAGGAUUCAAGAUUGGGAUCAUUGUGUGUCUCAGCAUCGCAGCGGUGGUGGGUUUUCUCGGCAAUGGUUUAGUCAUUGCUGUUAUAUUACGAGCGAAGAAACUGCGAUCUGUAAUGAACCGUUUUAUUCUUCAUCUCGCUAUCAGCGACUUGAUCGUUAGUGUUCUCGCUAUUCCAUUGUUUCUUUCAAUCAACUUCAAAAACGAUAUCGCCUCUCAUAGCUACAGCUUGCCGCUAUGCAAGAUCGCUAGAUUCUUUCAGUAUCUGUCACCUGAAGCAUCCAUGACCCUGCUGAUUACAAUCGGAUGGAACCGACACCAGGCUGUCGUGCACCCAUUGAAUAUCAUGUCGUAUGGCACAGCAAAUAAGCUGAUUCUUUCCGCUUGGAUCUACGCCCUAGUUGUUGUGGCCCCGAGCUUGUAUUUGACCGAGUUGAAAGAGACACCAGUGGAUCCCUACACGAACCUAACCUACUGCGCUACCAUCCCUGCCACCACCCUCUCUGGCUUAGUCUACGUGAUGUUCCUUGGGCUGUUCGGGUACUUGAUUCCUUUAGCUUCCUUGAUCAUCUUGUACGCAAAAAUCUACCGGACAGUUUGGAGGAGAAAAAGCGGCCAGCUCGGAGAUUCACGACCCGUGGAAGCGUUCAUCCGGAGCCGAAAGAAGGUGCUGAAAAUGUUCCUAACGGUGAUCUUUGUUUUUCUUGUGACCUGGUUGCCGCUGCUGAUUUACAUCAGCGCGAUCGAGUGGACAGUCAAGCAGACCGAUACCCAUGUGGACUAUGUGAGACUGAUCACAUAUUCUUUAGGACUGUGCAACAGUAUUUGCAAUCCGUUUAUUUACGCGCUGUUUAACGCCAAGUUUCGAGCAGGCUGCAAAGAAAUGUGCAGAGUGAGUAUCAGGGCGUUGAGGAGAAAACCCCAAACGCCUCGCGGAGGCGGAAACGUCGCGGCGUCCAAACCCGGAGAGGAAGAACCACAGAAAAUGUUGGGAAGAAGGGGAGGAUUCCACGGGACAAAGGGAGGAGACGAAAAGAAAAAACAAAGCAAGGAAUCACAGAAGAAAGAAGACACUAAAAGCACUUCGGUCUCAGUGGGACAACUUAUCGGUAGACGCCUUAGAUCGCUAACGGAUGGGGACGCUCAUAGAAAUGGCUCGACAGAAUCUGUUCAGUUAGUGGGUUUUCAAAAAAUCGCGGAUCCCGACCAAGUCGUGGUGCAUUUUGCCAAUUCGUCGCUGGAAAAAUCGCGCCCAUUAUCAAACAGCACUGAUAACUGCGUGAAAUUUGCAGGCGAUCUCUCUUGUCAAUCGUCUGAUGUGGACUCGCAGGAAAUUGUAUACGCGGCGGACAGAGCAAACUGCAAAGCAGAGAAAUCACGAGAUGGCUACAGUAUUUUAAACGAAGAAACUUCCACUCCUGUUGUGAAAAAAAGAACCAGAAGUGACGGAUCAUACGCUCAAAAUAGAAAAUCGACUAAGCAGAACUUUCCGGAAUCUCGGAAUCGCAGUGUACCUGCUGUGCGUUGAAUUGUUUUGAUUGCACUAUGAAUCAACUUCCACUGAAUCGGGUAAACAGAUCACCUUUAAGGUGGAGAUAAACAAUUUCAGUCAAACAAGAACAUGUAAAUGCGACCAGAAAGAACAUAAAUUAUUUUUGUCCAUAGCAAAACAAUAUAAGUCACACUUGGUCCAUUAUUUAAUGCCCCGAUGGGACAUCAGUUUGAAGUCGCUUUUGUUCGCAGCUGUUAUUUACAGAUGUACGGACGUAUUCGAAGAUUUUUUUUAUUAAAUUCGCCAAAGAUUAGAUCAGGGUUUUUCAUUUAUGUCACAGAGAAUAAUAUGGAGGGAUCACUGAAUCUCGGAUGGCUGAUUCAAAUUUCCAUAUUUGCCCAGCUGUGUGAGAAUAUUUAGUCAUUCUAACGCGAAAAGAAAUUGCUCGCACUUGUCUUCUACAGAUUUUUCAAGUUGAGUUUAAGUGUUUUGUUGUGAGAUAUUUUGUCGUGCCUUAAAAAUAAAAGUUGUUUUAUUCCGAUCUCGAAUUAUAAAUAAGUAGGAUCAGUUGUUAAACAAUAGCUUAGUUUAUGCAUUAUUUGAUUUACUGAAAAGCUGACUGACUUGUUUGAGACUCAAAAAAAUCCCGAAAAAUUAUUAAAAACCGGGCUAUUGAACAGUUAAUACUACACUAUGUUUGCAGCGACUUUAAACAGGUAAAUGACGAGUAUUAGAUAGCUCAGUGAGUUACAAAUUAGUCCCUGAAAUUAAAGUAGAUAAGAAUUAUACCUUCUUUCUGGAAGUUUAAUUUAAAUCCUUCAUAAUGGACACCGAACUAGCAACUUGAGUAUUCAUCCCUGAAAUUUUAAUCACCGAUAACAUUCGAUGGUUAUACAAAAUCUUUCCUUCCUGCGACUGAUUGCGGUAUAGCUUAUUUAAAUUUCUUUUUAUUUAUGUCUGAUGACUGACUAUUAAAAUUUCUUGUCCUGAAAUUUGAACUUUCUAUCUGGGGUACUUUUCACCAAAAGACAAAAGAAAAACUGGUUAUGUUAAUACCUAUCUCGGAAGUGUAAUACAGUAGUCUCAAGGUUAACCGGUAGCUAAAAGUCUACAUUUUAUUUAACAGUGUAAAUAGAAGAGAAAAAACGGUAUUUUAACAUAGUAAAGCAGUUUACCUCUGUGCGAAUAUUAAGAAUCAAAAUAAAUAAAAAUGUUUAGCGCUAAUUUAUGUUACUAUGCCAACGUUAUUGUAAAAAUAAAACACUGAAAAAAGCAAUUAAGACUGGCCAAGGUGACAUGAAUAAAGAAGUACAAUUGUAAAUGCUGUAAAAAAUGUUGUAGAAACUAAGAUGAUACUUCAUGGUUCCUCUGUUGUUGUACUAUCCAAUCUUGAGUCGGUAGAAUAAAAGCAACUCAAAUAUUA